GUAGAGACGCCGGAAGUGACGCCGCUAUAACCGCUAGGUGGCCAUUCCGAGCAGACCGAUAGCGCUUAAAGCUACGGGGUUUCGUGUGUUUGACUCUUAUUUAUUGAGCAUUAAUCAUGCCGCGGGUGUACGUCGGCAGACUGAGCUAUCAUGUGCGGGAGAAGGACAUCCAGAGGUUUUUCAGCGGGUACGGGAAGCUUCUGGAGAUCGAUCUGAAGAACGGGUACGGGUUCGUGGAGUUCGAAGACACCCGCGACGCAGAUGACGCGGUGUACGAGCUGAACGGUAAAGACCUGUGCGGGGAGCGUGUGAUCGUGGAGCACGCCCGAGGGCCGCGGCGGGACCGAGAUGGAUACGGUGGGGGUUAUGGGGGCGGCGGGCGCAGCAGUAGUGGUUAUAGCAGCAGGAGCCGAAGCGGAAGAGACAAAUAUGGGCCUCCGGUUCGCACCGAGUACCGUCUGAUCGUGGAGAACCUGUCCAGUCGCUGCAGCUGGCAGGACCUCAAGGACUUCAUGCGUCAGGCCGGAGAGGUGACCUACGCCGACGCCCACAAAGAACGGACCAAUGAGGGCGUGAUUGAGUUUCGCUCCUACUCCGAUAUGAAGAGAGCUAUUGACAAGUUGGAUGGCACCGAUAUUAAUGGAAGAAAAAUCCGUCUGGUGGAGGACAAGCCCAGACGCCGCCGUUCCUACUCUGGGAGCAGGUCCAGGUCUCGUAGCAGACGCCGUUCUCGCAGCAGGAGCCGCAGGAGUUCCCGGAGCCAUUCCCGCUCCAGAUCUCGGUCAAGGUCCCGCAGCAAGCGCCGCUCCCGCUCCAGGUCCGGUCGCAAGUCCCGCUCCAGGUCCGGGAGGAAGUCUCACUCCAAGUCCCCGACAAAGUCCCGCUCCAGAAAGUCCAAGUCUCGGUCCCGCUCGCGCACGCAGAAGUCCCGCUCUCGCUCCGAUGCGCGCAAAUCUCGUUCCAAGAGUCGCUCCAAGAGCCGCUCCAAAGCGAAGUCGGAGAGAGAUUCCAGAAGCCGCUCCAAGGAGAAGUCUGUGAGUAAGAAAUCCCGAAGCCGCUCCGCCUCGCCGAGGGAGAACGGAGACGGAGAGAGGGCCAAGUCCGCCUCUCGUUCGCCGUCCCCGAAAGAGAAUCGCCGUCAGUCGGAGUCGCCCGGCAAACGCUCUGCGUCUCGCUCUCCGUCUCGAUCAAAGUCUCGUUCCCGCUCCAGGUCUGCGUCUCAAGACUAGUCUCUGAUUGGAUCUCACAGCAGGAACAUCUGAUGCAGUUCAGUGUUUAAUUGAUCAUUCACAGCCUAUGAACACUCACCAGACGCUCGAGAGGCUGCGCCCAGUGUAGUAUUGAUUCACGUGCCGUUUUCAACAUUGCAUGAAAACACAUUUGCAUACAGAGGGUUUUUCUCCCCACGUGAGGCGUCAAAUCAGAAUUUGUAAUAUUUUGUGCUUGUAAGCAUUGUUCGGGUCAUUGGUUGUUCUUCUUGCUUUAGUAUGAGACGUCUUUAAGAGGCUCUUGUCAUGUUUGAGGAUGCGCAUCUGUCCACACAUGUGAUCGUUGAGUGUCCGGCGGAGCGUCCUCACUGUAGAGUAACUCAUUCCUGUCUCUCGCUGAUGAUUUUUCUUUUUUUUUUUUUUUUUUUUUUUUUUUUUCCCCUGGAAGCUUUUGUUUCUGUUAGUGCUUUUGCUCAUCUUGAAAUGACUUUGAAUUUUUGUUUUUGUUUACAAAAAGUUGAAUGCAUCACUUGCGGUGUGAUUUCUGUGAUUGAUCUCAUUUUUAAAUGGAUUUUUGGAUAUUUUCAAGUGUUUUAGUUAAAUAAACAUUUAAUUGGU